AUGAAGCUCAUCAUCAGUACCUCCAAUAUCCUGAGCGCCGGCUCGUCCAUACGAAGAUCACCUAAAAACAGCAAAUCCAAUGCCGAGUUCAUCGAGUCGCUGCGCACCAACUUCGCAGAACACUCGGCAAUCACAACCAACGGUCAGGUCAAUGGAGACAGCAGGCCCAAGAAGGUCGACUACCAAUCAUGGACGACGAAGCGCGACGGUACUCUGGAAAUUCCCUCUCUCGACUUCAGCGACAGUGCCUUAGCAGAGGAGAAGGCACAAUACGACAUCACUGUGAAGCUCUUCUAUUUGCCCGGCGCGACCAAGGACACUCGCGCAACACAUACACGAGAGGCGCUAGACUUGGUGCUGAAGGAGCUUCACAUACCAUCCAUUGACCUCCUAAUUGUCUCCUUCCCUGGCAUAUACUUUGACGAGGAGGAAGACUGCCCUGACAAGCUCUCCACCCGCGGACCAGUGGAAGCAGAGCCUGAACCGCUGGAAGGACAACUUGAGACUUGGAAGACAUUGGAAGCACUGCAUGAUGAAGGCCUCGUUGGCAGGCUUGGUAUUGCGGAGUUUGGAAAGGAGCGUCUGAAGUCGUUGCUGGACAAGGUGCGAAUAAAGCCGUCCGUGGACCAAAUCAACCUUCGAGACUGUUGUUCCGUGCCGAGGGACCUGAUGAGCCUGGCAAAGAGCAGGAGCGUGGAGCUGCUCGUUCAUAAUGAUUGCUCAAAUGUCCUGCCGCGGGGCACCCUCCGCGAUCUACUUGGACCUGAAGGUGCCGCUGUGCUUUCUGAGCCGUCCAAGGCUGGCGACAAGCGUAAGAGCUUACAUGGGGAGGAGAAUACCAAUGGCAACCAUACAGCUGGUUUGUCGGGUGAGGUCCAGCCGCAAUGGGUGGUCAAAUAUACUGCCGUUGUGAAGAACCGUGGUGUGUUGGAGAACAAAGGAUACUUUGCAGUUGCGGACUUGGGUUGA